UCCUGACUCCGUCUGUGCGUGCGAUGUCUACCGCACAAUAAGACGCCAUCUUGGCAACAGCAUGGCCAUUCUGUUCUUCUCUCCUCCUUCCGGCUGUCUUUCCAAACCCACACCCACGGUAGUUCACACUUGCGCACUGCCACGCCGUAGUGCUUCUUGCCGUGCUAACUAGGCUAUUUCGGUUGCGGCCGUUACGACACUCGAUCGUCCUCUCUACUACGAUGGCCAUAGACCCUCCACUUGUGUCGUCCCCGACUCCGUCGUUCAAGCGCGCUGCUAAAGUGGACAUCGGACAUGUCCAACUCAGAGAUGUGCUCAUCUGCCCAAGACGACGAGGAGUUCUCAACUACGUGAAGGGAAACAGUAUCGUCGAGUGCGACCUGCAGAACCCGUAUAGCUCCCCUCGAACACUCGUCAAGCUCUUGUUCCAGCCGACCACCGUCAGCGCGCUACCUCUCGAUUCGGGCAGCGAACACACACUCAUCGCGGCAGGUGGAAUGACAGGCGACCUCCACCUCUCCCUCCAUUGCCCAACCUCCCCUGCCAUGAAAUCCAAGCCCGUGUGGAGGUUUGACGACCAGUUGGGCAGAUCGAUCAAUAACUCGAUCUUGCUCACAUCUCUGAGCUUGACCGGCUCGAACGAAAGCCGAGUAGAACCGCGCAUGGUCGUCAGUAACAACGAUAACGUGGUCCAGUUCUUUGAUGUGCCCAUACGCUCGUCACCGGCUGAGAUACGCCAGACCGGCGCGGUCUCAUUCAAUGUCCCCAUCAAUCACUCCUCGAUAUCACCUGAUGGAAGGACCAUGCUCUCUGUGGGAGAUUCUUCGAAGGUGUUUCUCCACCGUCUCACCGGCGGUGCCAGUGUCACGGCGGCACCAAUCGCCACUCUCGCUUUACCCCCACUUUCCGACCCCUCGGUAUCACCGGCGCUGGUCGCGUGUUUCUCUUCGGCAUUCUCGUCAGAUGGCAGCAAGUACGCCGUGGCGUCGCAGGAUGGAUCUGUCAUCGUGUGGGAUGUCCGGAGUACGCGCCCGCUGAAGGUGUUCCGCACGAACAAGUCGAGACCCAUUCCGCAUGGGGCAUGGUACUCUGAAGAUCCCCAGGACUGGAAUAGCGCCAACACCCCUGGUCCCGGAUGGAGCACGCGCUCGGUCAAGUUUGGAGGUCCUCCGGGCCGGGAACUGAUGCUGUUCACGGAGCACACCUCCCUCAUACAUGUUGUUGACGCCAGAACAUUCGAAACAGAAGAGAUUCUGUGCAUGCCCCAAUUCACCGAGAAACGCAGCCCCCAACAGUUCUCUCCGCCGUCGCUGACGCCGUCAUUCCCCGCCACUCGGGCACGAUCUCCAUACGCUCAUCGGCAUUAUGAUGUUCGCAGCACUCUGGAAGAGACCUUCCGCAUCCCUAGCGCCGACGACAUUCUUCUCAUUCCGCAUCUGGGCGACCCGUCGGUAGAACGAGACCUGCAGAUGGUGCUAGGCCCGGGUCUUAUUCCCGAAGAUGGCAUCUUCGCUCGUAGCUCUGAACUUCCCUUGCCUGAGAUGGAAGUUAUGCGUGAAGAGUGCUCGAGGACACCGUUUCCGGAUUGUUCUGGCCCGCCGGGUCCUGUGGACCACUGCGAUAUCGCCGGAGCAUGUUUUGAUCCGUCCGGCGCGCAUAUCUAUGCUGCCAGUGUGCACGGUGUGGCCGAGUGGGGUGUUAGGGGCGCCAACAAGCGUUGGUGGGUCGACAGCGAUGAUUGGCAGCGAUGA